UGUGACAAUAAUUUUUAAAUUCUAGUUGACCUUCUCAAUUUUAGUUGUCGUUAACAAGUUGAUGCCGUUGCAAGAAAUAAAAACCCUUUCUCCUCUGUUCUUCUUCUUCUGGUUCUAUCUUUUGAUAGAGAGAAACAAGGAAAUGGCUCAUCAUUCGUCUAAACUCAAGUCUCUCCCUCUUUCUCAAUUUGAAAUACAACCGAGAAAAUAUAUUCUUUUUCGAUAUUGUUUGUUGCUUCUGUUGAUGCUUUCUGCCGCAACCUCUGUUUUAAAGCUUGCAACUUCUUCAGCUUCUCGUUCUCCUCUAGUUCAAAAAGUAGAUGAUACUCCUUUUUCAGAAACAAGCAAAGAUAAAGAAUUUUUGAGGACUCAUGUUUCAUCACCCGAGAAUCAUCUUCAAGCCCGUGAAGAGGGAAGAAUUUCACCAUCUUCAUGUUCCAAUCUCAUUGAUGGAAUAACUACAUCAAGCACUGCAAAUGAUCAAGGGAUUCUAUGUUGUGACCGCAGCCAUCAACGCACAGACGUAUGCUACAUGAAAGGCGAUAUAAGAACCGACGCUCAAUCAUCGUCUAUCUUACUUCACAGCACAAAGGACGGAAACAUUAAUGACGAAAAAAUACGUCCUUAUACAAGAAAAUGGGAGACAGAGGUAAUGAACACAGUCGACGAAAUCACCCUCCAUCCAACCCCAAUCACUAACGAAAGCAAAUGUGACAUCAAUCACAGCGUACCAGCGAUUGUGUUCUCAACGGGAGGAUACACGGGGAACGUGUAUCAUGAGUUCAACGAUGGCCUGAUUCCGUUGUACAUAACAGCCGAGAGGUUCAAAGGGGAGGUCGUGUUUGUGGUUCUUGAGUACCAUUCUUGGUGGAAGACCAAGUAUGGAAGUGUUGUGAAGAAGCUGAGUAAUUACAAGAUGGUUGAUUUUUCGAGUGAUCGGAGGGUUCAUUGCUUUUCGGAGAUGAUGGUUGGAUUGAAGAUUCACGGGGAGCUCACAAUCGAUCCGACACUCAUGCACGGUGGCAAAGGAAUCCAAGACUUCCAGUCACUCCUCCACCAGGGAUUCUCCUCUCACCAACCAAUUCAACUUCAACCCCAAAAACCACGACCAAAGCUAGCAAUCUUCAUCCGAAACAAAUCCCGCGUACUUCAAAAUCUCAAAGUCAUAGUCAAAAUCUGCGAAAAAAUAGGCUUUGACGUGCAAAUCCUCAAUCCCAAAAGAAUUACUCCUCUCUCUGAGAUCUACACAGUCCUAAACUCUUCAGAUGCAAUGCUAGCAGUUCACGGAGCAGCCAUGACUCAUUUCUUGUUCAUGAGACCUGGCUCGGUACUGAUACAAAUUGUUCCUUUGGGAUUAGAUUGGGCCGCUGAAGCUUAUUAUGGUGAACCGGCGAAAAAGCUAGGAUUGAAUUAUAAUGUUUAUAAGUUGAAUCCUGCAGAGAGUUCUCUAUAUAAACAGUACGAUCGUCGGAGUUUGGUUAUAAGAGAUCCGGAGUCUAUUACAAGUAAAGGAUGGUCAGAGACUAAAAGGAUUUAUCUUGAACAACAAAAUGUUCGGGUAAAUCUUCGAAAGUUUAGCAGGCUGAUCGCAAAGGUUCAUUAUGAUAUUGUUCAUAGAUUACAUGCACAGAGUUGAAGGUAGAAAUUCUUUGUUGACAGAUUUUUGUUUUGUAAAUAGAAAAUUUAGAGUUAAUGAAAUAUGUUGAUUAAAUUUGAAUAUAGCGGAUAAGUUAUACAUAUUAGACUGUGUUUUUGGUGGGUUUGGUUUGAUGUUAUGGCCUUGAGAGUCUUCAAAUGUAUUUCUUAAACAAAAUGAGUGGGAUCCAGCCAGACAAGUAGCCUCUGUUUGGUCAAAC